AAUGACGUCACUCUGCGCAUGCCCAGACUAAUUACAUUGAUUGUCCGCGGGGGGUCGUCAAUUUGGGCGGCCAUAUUUUCGGCGCAGGUCGCUCAUUGUUUGCACCGCCGGUGGGAAAAUUUCCGUGCGGAAUCGGACGACUUUUCGUCCAACUAACCGGGAAAGAUGGAGGCAGAAGACGAGGAGAACUUGGCGGAAGAGGGAGUCGGUGAGGAAGAAGGUAUAGAGCGGAGUGUAGAGUUGGAAGAGGCGGCGGUACCAGAAGAAAUUCCGGAGCCGGAUCCACCAGAGAAGAAGAAAAAGAAGUCCUCCAAGAAAAAGAAGCCAGCCAAAGCCAAGAAAAGGAAAAGAGACGAGGAAGAUGAUGGUGACCACUCCAGUGACAGUGAUUUUGCGAUUGAGACAGAAACAGUCCGCAAGCCAAAGGCUAAGAAGAAGUCCUCAGAACCAAAGCAUCAUACCAAACUAAAGACCUUCCUCCCACCCCAGGUGAUGACAGUGCUGGGUGCCAAGUGGCGUGAGUUCUCCUCCUCUGCUGAGUUUAAGGAGGCCACCAAGGCUGGCCAGGCUGCCCCUCCCCCAGCGCCUGCUGCACCGGCACAGGCACCUGUCCUGCUCGCACCGGACGGCCAGCCCAUCAGGAAGAAGGCCAAGACCAAGGAAGGGAAGGGUGUAGCAGCACAGAAGAGGAAGCAACGACGCAGCCAGAGUCCAGCUCAGGCCAAGAAACCUAAGAAAAAAGUGGUGGCUCCGCUCCGCAUCAAGAUCGCCAAGAAGGCUCGCAAGACUUCUUCUUCUGAUGAAGAUGGAGUGAGUGACAGCGAAGACUUUGACGAUGAGAGCCUCCAGAGUAACCAGUCCAUCCGUACGGAGAGUUCCACUGGUCGCUCCAGCGCUCGCAAGGCCAAGAAGAAGAUCAAGAAGUCUUCCAAGGGCCCGAAGAAAGGGAAAAUAAUAAAGCAAGAUGACCAUCAAGAAUACUGUGAAGUAUGCCAGCAAGGAGGAGAGAUCAUCUUGUGUGACACGUGUCCUCGAGCAUACCAUCUCGUGUGUCUGGACCCUGAGUUAGAACAGGCACCGGAGGGGAAAUGGAGCUGUCCCCACUGUGAAGGUGAGGCCAUUACCGUGGAGAUAGAGAUGGAUGAUCCCCCACCCCUCCCUGAGAUACCCGACGGGGAAUGGGUCUGUCCGCGCUGUUCUUGUGAGCCCCUACGAGGAAGAGUAGAGAAGAUUCUCCACUGGCACUGGUUCACUCCUGACCCUGCGCCCGACAUCCCCACACUGGCCGACCUCAACAUGACAUGUGAGGAAGACAGCCAAGAGGCAGAAGCCCUGAAGAAGAAGUAUCAACCGCGCCCCACGCGACAGUUUCUCGUGAAGUGGCGCGGAAUGUCAUACUGGCACUGCGACUGGGUCACCGAGCUCCAGCUCGAGAUCUACCGAUUAACUUACCAGCCCCGCCCCACACGACAGUUUCUCGUGAAGUGGCGCGGGAUGUCGUACUGGCACUGCGACUGGGUCACCGAGCUUCAGCUGGAGAUCUACCACCCCGCCAUGUUCCGCAACUACUUCCGUAAGAACGACAUGGACGAACCACCGCCGCUCGAGGACGGCGGGGAGGAGCCAAACGACUCGACGCAGGAUCCCGACAACGACCUUGAGAAGCGGUUCUACCGCUACGGGAUCCGCCCAGAGUGGCUCACGAUCCAUCGCAUCAUCAACCACAGGAGCCGGUUUGGUGUGGACAGUUUCCUGGUGAAGUGGCGGGACCUACCAUACGACCAGUCCACCUGGGAGACAGAGGAGAUCCCCGUCCCAGACUUCCAACAGCACAUCAAGUCCUACUGGGACCACAGAAAAAACUGGCUGAAGGCUCGGCGAGAGUCGAUCCUUGGCCCAGAACCCAAGGGUAAGAAAGGAGGGAAGGACAAGAAAGAUAAGAAAGGGAAGGCCAAAAAAGGGAAGGAGGCAAAGGAAAAGGAGGGAGCUGAGAAGGACUCUCCUCUCCCUACUAUUGAUCCCUCUAAGAAGUACGACAAGCAGCCUGAGUUCAUUGACGACACAGGAGGAACUCUUCACCCAUAUCAGCUGGAGGGUCUGAACUGGCUGCGCUUCAGCUGGAGUCAGGGGACGGACACCAUCCUUGCUGACGAGAUGGGGCUCGGGAAGACUAUCCAGACCAUCUGCUUUCUUAACUCGCUCUUCCAGGAGGGCCACAGCAAGGGACCGUUUCUGAUCAGCGCUCCCCUCUCCACCAUCAUCAACUGGGAGCGUGAGUUUGAGUUCUGGGCGCCGGACAUGUACGUGGUGACCUACUGCGGAGACAAGGAUAGCCGCAGCGUCAUUCGCGAGCACGAGUUCUGUUUUGAUGACGACGCGGUGAAGGGAGGGAAGAAGGCUCAGAGGAUAAAGAAAGACAGUCAGGUGAAGUUCCACGUGUUGCUGACAUCUUACGAGCUGAUCUCCAUCGACGUGGCAACGCUGCAGUCCAUCGACUGGUCUGUACUGGUCGUGGACGAAGCUCACAGACUCAAGAACAACCAGUCUAAGUUUUUCCGAAUCCUGAACGGCUACAAGAUCGCCUACAAGCUCCUCCUGACGGGAACUCCCCUGCAGAACAACCUGGAGGAGCUCUUCCAUCUCCUCAACUUCUUGUGUUCCGAGAGAUUCAAUAACCUUCAGGAGUUUCUUGAAGAAUUCCAAGACAUGUCGAAGGACGAGAAGAUCUCCAAACUCCACGACAUGCUGGGGCCACAUCUCCUGAGACGUCUCAAGGCCGACGUUCUUAAAGGAAUCCCAGCCAAGAGCGAGUUCAUCGUCCGAGUGGAGCUGGCCCCCAUGCAGAAGAAAUACUACAAGUGGAUUCUGACGCGUAACUUCGAGGCGCUGAACACGAAAGGGAGCGGCCACCACGUCUCACUGCUCAACGUCAUGAUGGACCUGAAAAAGUGCUGCAACCACCCGUACCUGUUCCCAACUGCUGCCAUGGAAGCACCACGCCUUCCCAACCACGCCUACGAAGGAAGCGGCCUGAAGAAGAACUGCGGGAAGCUGAUGGUUCUGGGCAGGAUGUUGAAGAAGCUGCAGGCACAGGGUCAUCGGGUGCUCAUCUUCUCACAGAUGACGAAGAUGCUGGAUAUCCUGGAGGAUUUCUGUGAGGCGGAGGGGUAUAAGUACGAGCGCAUCGACGGCGGGGUCACCGGCACACUGCGCCAGGACGCCAUCGAUAGAUUCAACGCUCCCGGGUCCCCCCAUUUCGUGUUCCUGCUCUCGACCCGUGCCGGAGGCUUGGGAAUUAACCUGGCCACGGCCGACACCGUGUUUAUCUACGACUCUGACUGGAACCCGCACAACGACAUCCAGGCCUUCAGCCGAGCCCAUCGUAUUGGUCAGGCCAACAAGGUGAUGAUCUACCGCUUUGUGACCAGGGCUUCUGUGGAGGAGAGGAUCACACAGGUUGCCAAGAAGAAGAUGAUGUUGACCCAUCUUGUGGUGCGCCCCGGGCUGGGCUCCAAGUCCGCCACCUCCAUGUCCAAACAGGAGCUGGACGACAUCCUGCGAUUCGGAACGGAAGAACUCUUCAAGGACGAUGCUAUUCUGGAAGGAGAGGAUGGAGAGGAAGGUACCGCCAUCCACUACGACGAGUCGGCCAUCAACAAGCUGCUGGACCGCAGUCAGGAGGGGCUGAUCGAGAAGGAGUCUGAGCUCAACGAGUACCUGUCCUCCUUCAAGGUCGCUGCCUACGUCAUGAAGGACCAGAAUGAAGAGGAAGAGAUCGAGAGAGAAGUGAUAAAAGACGAGGUGGAGCAAUGUGACCCAGACUACUGGGAGAAGCUGCUCCGCCAUCACUACGAACAGCAGCAGGAGGACUUGGCCCGCACGCUCGGCAAGGGCAAGCGCAUCCGCAAGCAGGUCAACUACAACGACGCCGCGCAGGAGGAAGAAUCCGCGUGGCAGGGCGACCUGUCGGACUACCAGUCGGACUAUUCCAUUGGGUCAGAAGAGGGGACGGACGACGAGGACUUUGAGGACAAAUCGGAAGCACGUCGAGUGGGAAAGCGAAACUAUCCGACCAAGGAGUCCGACAAGCUGCCCCCUCUACUGGCCAGGGUUGGAGGUCAAAUCGAGGUUCUCGGGUUCAAUGCCCGCCAGCGUAAGGCCUUCCUGAACGCUGUGAUGCACUGGGAGGGGGAGGUAUGUGACCGUGUGUGUGUGUGUGUGUGGCUGUUCAGGGAUCUGCGUGGCAAGUCUGAGAAGAACUUCAGAGCGUACGUGUCCCUGUUCAUGCGGCAUCUGUGCGAGCCUGGCGCAGACAACGCCGAGACGUUUGCCGACGGCGUGCCGAGGGAGGGACUGUCCCGCCAGCACGUGCUGACCCGCAUCGGGGUCAUGAGCCUUAUUAGGAAGAAGACGAAGGAAUUUGAGCACAUCAACGGGAAGUACAGCAUGCCGGAGCUGUUCACCAAUAACGAGGCGCUGGCGGCCAUCAUCCCGUCCCUGGCGGGAGCCUCUGCUACGCCCAGCGCCGUCAGCACACCGGGAGAGGCCACGCCGAAGUCUCAGCCGGGCUCCGAGGAACCUUCUCGUGCUGCAACUCCACAGGUUGAGUCUUCCGACACCAAAGACGCGAAGCCUCCAGCAGCAGAGGAACCAGCAAAAGAAGAGGAGACCAGCAAAGAGAAAACGGAAGAAACGACGACUGAGAAAAAAGAGGGAGAGACGGAAGAAAAGAAAGAGGAAAAGACGGAAGCUGAGGCCACGCCUAGCGACGAGAAGCCUGCUGCAGCUGAAGAGGUGAAACCUGCAGAGGAGAAAGAACCAGAAAAACAAGAAAAGGAGGAGCCGUCCACAUCUGAAGUGAAGCCUGAGGAGAAGUCAGAGCCGAUGGAGACAGACGCAGACUCCACCACUAAGGAGGACAAACCAGAGGCUGAGAAGGAGGAAAGUAAGGAUGCAAAGGAGGAAAGCAAAGAAGAGGCAGUUGCCAUGGAGACAGAUGAGAAGAAGGAGGCAGCUGAAGGGGAGGAGAAGAAGGAAGAAACUAAGGAGGAAGAGAAGGAGAAGGAGACUUCUGAGAAGAAAGAAGUCCCAGCCGACUCCACCGAGGAGCCGGAGAAGAAGCCGAAGUCUGCCGAACCCUCGGAGAAACCAAAAGAAGAGGAAGACAAGGAGAAGGAGGAGAAGCGCGGCUUCAAGUUCAACAUCGCUGACGGCGGGUUCACGGAGCUCCACACACUGUGGCAGAACGAGCAGCGCGCGCUCCAGCCCAGUCGAGAGAACGCCAUCUGGCACCGCAAGCACGAUUACUGGCUGCUGGCAGGCAUCGUUCGCCAUGGUUACGGGCGCUGGCAGGACAUCCAGAACGACAUCUCCUACGCCAUCAUCAACGAACCCUUCAAGGGCGACAUGGGCAAGGGCAACUACCUGGAGAUCAAGAACAAGUUCCUGGCACGCCGCUUCAAGCUGCUUGAGCAGGCCCUGGUGAUCGAGGAGCAGUUGAGAAGGGCUGCCUACCUGAACCUGACCCAGGACCCCAACCACCCCUCCAUGGCCCUCAACACACGGUUUGCUGAGGUGGAAUGCCUGGCAGAGAGCCACCAGCACCUGUCCAAGGAGUCGCUAGCGGGCAACAAGCCAGCCAACGCCGUGCUGCACAAAGUGUUGAACCAGUUGGAAGAGCUGUUGAGUGACAUGAAGGCGGAUGUAAGCCGGCUCCCAGCCACCCUGUCCCGGGUGCCGCCGGUCGCAGCCCGGCUGCAGAUGUCUGAGAGAAGCAUCCUGAGCCGCCUGGCGACCAGGACCGACCAACAGGGCCAGGCUACGCAGGGCGGGCUAUACAACCCAGCCUCUCAGAACCCCUACGCCAACUACCACACGCAGGGCUUCGGACCAUUCGCAACCACCCUCAACCAGUACCGGCCCCAGCAGCAGCAGUUCAGCUUCAGCCAGAUGCCCACUCACACCCCUUCAGUGCAGCAGUUCCCGAGCGGUAUCCAGGUCCCAGCGUCCGGCCCACGGCCGGGCCAGCAGCACCUGACCAUGAACCGGUCCCAGCCGACCAGCUCUCCGCUGGGCUCCCAGCCGGCCUCGACCUCGGGUAACUACUACAGCACCAUGCUGAACAACGCCUCCAGCGCCAUCUCCAACCCCAUCGGGCUCGGAGGGUCGGAGCUGGGCUACGGGCCGCCCCCGCCUCCGCACCUAUCCCAGAAUUCCCUAUCCGGGUUGUUCGGGAGCCGCCCCUCCGCCAUGGGUCUGCUCGGCGACCCCAGUUUCGUUCACGGGGCGUUGGGAGAGUCGUCGGGGGCAACGGGCGCCGCGGCAACGGUCGUUCCAGAUACGUCGAAACCUGACACAUCAAAGGGAGGCAGCGAGAAGGGAACCAAAGGGGAGGUCAUUUGCAUAGACGAUUGAACCAAGCGCGCGAAUGACCCAUCCUGGGGCCCCCUACACAUCGGCCGAUCUAAGGACAUCCUUCUGAACGCAUCACCACUCACCAAAAAUUCGAGACACAAAUAAAGAUAAGAUACACACGUGACGAAUAAAGGAAUUUCUGGGAUAGAUUAAGAAAUGAAGAAAGCUCAAGGUGUUCAAAUCUGGUUGAAUCUGUAAAGGCUGUCUUCAGAAUUCACAACUCACCAAAAAUUCGAGACACAAGUAAAGAUAAUGACGUGACAAAAUUAAGGACUUUCUGGGUUACAGCUGAAGAAAGCUCAUGUCACAUCUGGAAAGGGUUUCUUCAGAUUUCAUUCACAACUCACCAAAAAUAUGACACACAAGUAAAAAGGGCACAAACGUUCAGACUUUGACAUUUUCUUUGGUAGGGACGAAGAUAGCUCGAAUAGAUGUUCAAAUCUUUCAAGUCUGUCUUCAGAACACAUCACAACACACCAGAAACCGCUUCAAUUCAUGUAGGAAACUGAAGAAGAAAAAGUGUUCAAACUUUAAAAAUUCUUGGGCAGGUGUAAAGAAAGCCCAAGUAGAUGUUGAAUGGUAUGAUGUAACCGUAGCUUGUGUAAUACAUGACUGUGCAAGGUGGUGUAAAUAAGUGCAUCACCCUCUUUUGUACCUGUAACAUUGGAGUUGUAACUGUAGUAUGUUUAACGCGGUGAUGAUGUAAUGUUGUAUACUACAACUUCGAGUCUAACUCGACAACGGUAACACAGACUUAAACCUCUUCGACGAAUUCUGCAACCUUCUCGGCAUGCAAUGUUGGAUCCGCCUCCGAGGCGUGGCCAAAAACGCUGCUCAAAGAAGGGAUUUGAGAAUUGCCAAUGUUUUGGUCAACGUGCCAUGAGACGUUCUGCGCAUGACUGUGUCUUAUCAGCUUCUUAGAUGUCACUAGAUGUAAGACAAACUGUAUCACUUUCUAUAUAAGUUUACUAUAACCCCUAAGUUCAGAAAAUGUGGUUAGUUACUUACUAAAAAGAGUCUAAGACAAUAGGUGGACAAGUGUGAUAAAAGAUGUUAAGGAGACUUUGUAACGUGAAUUGGUAGAGUUCAUCUGUAAUAAUAUUCUUGUAGAGUAACGUUACGUUUUGCUUGUAACCUUGUUGUUGCAGUUGUCAACAUUCCAUUGGAAGUUGCUUCACUGUUUCGCAAUGUAAGUCAUGAAAUGAUGGUUUUAUUAAAACCAGAAAAAAAACA